AUGAAAACUCUAAUUAAGACAUCAGGCCGGCCAGCCCGCAUGCGGACGACGUGGUAACGCAGCCGGUCGCGGUCUUGCUGCGAGUUCAGGAGAAGAGACCGACACCCAUUCCCCGACGAAGGGAAGGCCGAAGAAGAUCUGGGAGUCUGAGGUUUCAGCCGUUGCUUUCUUUGCACCGGAGAGCAAGCGAGAGCAGCUCGGUCCGGCCAGUCGAUCGGUUGAAGAUCGAUCGAAAGAAAGGUGCAGAGAUAAUGGCAGGCAUGCCUGUAUUAGUAAUGCAAGUGCUGGUUGUCGCGCUUUUGUGCAUCGUAGCUUCUGCUGUUGCGACCUUGCAUCCAUUAAGCGAGGCUGAGAAAGUUGCAGCGAAGCAGCUCUUUGUUGUCCGUGACGAUGGAUCGUUUGGCAGCCUGGAGGAGACAUACCAAGCAGUGAAGUCAUUGAAGGCUCUCAAGAGCGGUGACCUAGAUGGAUCGACAAUUUGCGAAGUCGUCUCGAAGACACUCACCUCAUCCUCAAGUGCCAAGGAUGCGUUUUAUGGAAUUAGGAUUGCUGAGCUUUUGCACUGUCAAGAGGCAGCCAAAGCUGCCGAGACUGUCGUCCACACACUUUUAGAUGGCUUGAAGGAAUCCAAGUCUUUAGUGGACUUACAUUAUACCGUUGGUGCACUAUCGACAAUAAAGAAACACCACUGGAGUCUGGAGAGUCACUCAUUCGCGCAAGCUGUCACGGGCAUCAUUUCACAAGUCAAGGCACUUGGAGAAAAUCAUGGAACCUGGCGUUAUGCAGAAGAUGAAACAGAUUCAAGCGCUAAAGCUGCUGGAUAUGCAUUUGAGAUCACCGCUGCCGUCAUUGAUAUUGCCGGUUACGAAGGUCAUGAAGCAGAGGUAAAGUCCAUAAAAUCUGCUGCUCUGAAGCUCUUGGAGAAUUCUGAGCGGGAUGACGAUGGAGCACAAUAUUUUGAUGAGAAUAAAGCUGAUAAGUUCAGCGGAAGUGGUGGGGCACUGGUGGUCUCCGCCACCGUCUUGCGAGGUGUCACGGCAUUGGCUGGAGUUCUACCUGAUGGAAUCAAGGUCAGGGAGGAGAAAGUGUUUGGCUUCGCGCACUUCUUUUUGAGCAUCGGAACCCCUGACAGCGCCUUGGAAGUGUACUAUCAGCUGGAUGCUUUGAGUGCUUUAGAAGACAAUCGGGUUCUUGUCCCUUUGGCUGUUUCGUUGACAAAGUCCGUCUUAUCUCACUCAUCACAUGAUAAGUUAGAGGUGGCCGUCUCAACAGUCCUCGGUACUCCUUUCCCCCAUGCACUGCUUACUAUCAUUAGUGCACAUAAAGUCGGGAAGGAAGCUUCACCUGUUUUGACGGAGCAGGAACUUCAAUCAGUUGAAGGAGAUCACAUAUACACAUUUCCCCUUCUAACAGACCUUGAUGUUGGCAAAUACGAUAUAAAGAUUGAGGUGAAGCCAGCCACAGCAGAGCUUUCAUACAAGUAUUCUGCUGGAGGUCUUACUAGUGCUCGGAUUACUGUAACCGGACAAGUCUCUGUUUCAAAUGUGGCCAUUGCUGUGCUUGACAGUGACACUGGAUCCCCGGAAUUUACCUCCUCGUUGGUUCAUGCAAACAAGGAAAAAGCUACCCUUUCUGCAAACCAUCUGCAAAAGCUGCGACUGACUUUUGAGCUCACCUCCCCAUCGGGUGGACUAUUUCUUCCACAACAGGUCUUCUUCAAAGUGCAGCAUGAAAGUGGAGUGGAACACCUGUUUGUUGUAAAGUCAUCUGCGAAGAAAUUCGAGAUCAAUUUGGAUUUCCUUGGUCUUGUAGAGAAAUUUUACUACUUGUCGGGUGCUUACUCCAUGGAGCUUAUUGUCGGCGAUGCAACCAUGGAAAACUCGUUCUUGUGGGCCCUUGGAACCUUGGAUUUAGAUUUGCCAGAGGCACCUGAGGGUGUUUCGAAGGUACCAGCUGUCCCAGUGGAUGCAACCAAAAAGUUUGGCCCAAAGGCAGAAAUUGUCCAUAUUUUCAGGCAACCAGAGAAGCGUCCUCCAGCACAGUUAUCAAAUGCGUUCUUUAUUCUCACAUUGCUGCCUCUUGUUGGCUUUGUUGUGGGGCUUCGAUAUGUGGGUGCCAACAUCAAGAACCUACCCACGUCUGGCCUACCUCUGCUAUCUACUUUGGGCUUCCAUGGAGGCAUUGCAGCUAUCCUCACUCUAUACUUUUUCUUCUGGCUCAAGCUGAAUCUCUUCAUCACCUUGAAGGUUCUUGGUUUCCUCGGAGUAUUUACCUGUGUAACAGGUUACUUGACACUAUCGCAUGUUGCUGAAGAAUCUUCCAAGGUGAAGAUGGCUUAGAUAUACAUGAACACUGUGACUUAAAAUCCUUAAUUUUAGGACAAUGAGAUCUUGAUGUCAUCCCCAUGGUUUUAUGAGGGUUUGAUCAAGUGUAAGAAUUUUGCAGUCUGAAAGAAAUCCGUUUGCGGCUUAUUUAUUGAUUUGGAUUUUUUCUCGGUUAUGUAUGGUGAGUUGGAA